UAUCCGUUUGGUUUGUGACUUUUUGACGAGGGAAUUAACUUUACUUGGAUGAUUUUUUGUCGUUUGGUUGAAUUGUAAGUGUCGGUCGUACGAGCAUUUUAGAUCUGGAAUGUUGAAAGUACACCUAUUGUGUUUCAAGUGAGUUUAAGGCGCUUUUAACAUGACCUACUUUUGAGAAUAGGAUGGAUGCGUAUUUUUGAAAAGGAACACAGGUUUUUUUGUUUGAUGAAUGGCUUAGGCGAUCGCUUGUAGAUAUGGAUCGAUAAAUUUUUAAUGAAAUUGUACGAUUCGACAAAAUUAUGUCAUUUGAAAAUUUCCCGCGCUUUCUUACCGACGGAUCCGCAUCGGUGUUCUUCGACUUCGAACUACAGAUGUCGACACCGACCUAACCUGUGACUUGUUAUUUUCAUAACAAACUUUCUCCGGUUGUUAUUGUUGUGAUAUUGUUGCUGUUAACGUAAUUCGGCGAAAAUUGAGAACGUGAGUUGAAGAUAUUGUUGUUACUAUCGGCCAAUUAGCGCUAGUAGACUGAAACAGAGAUAACCCUGACGUGUACCGGUAUUUUUUUGCACACUUUAGUGAUUAAAAAUAUAUUUCUCUGAUCAAUGCGUCAAGUUGCUUUUAAUCUUGCGCGAAAGUUUGUGUUGCCAAAACUACUGAAAGCAUCGUCCUUUAAUCAACUGCAUUAUUUUUGUACCUCGUCGCUGAAACGCAAUUUAAAUAAACGAAACAUGGUGAAAUAUCUUAAUCAAACCGAAGCCAUCAACGUUGACAAGGAUUUAUUUGAAAAAUACAAAUUCAGCGUUGACCAGCUGAUGGAACUUGCUGGACAAAGUUGUGCUAUUGCAAUCGCAAAGUGUUAUCCCCUUUCUGCUGAUGGCAAAAAUGCCGUAUUGAUAUGUUGUGGACCGGGAAAUAAUGGUGGAGAUGGUCUUGUCUGCGCAAGACAUUUAAAACUCUUUGGAUAUUCACCUGAAAUUUAUUAUCCCAAGAGAACGAACAAUGUUCUGUAUCACAAUUUACUCCAUCAAUGCAUAGAGAAUGACAUACCAAUUUUAGAAGCAGUCACAGACAUCAAAGACACAAAGAAUUAUAAAGUAGUAGUGGAUGCCUUAUUUGGAUUUAGCUUCAAGCCUCCUGUAAGACCUGACUUUGUGCCAAUCAUCGGUAUUUUAAAGAAUUCAAGUGCACCUAUCUGCAGCGUCGACAUUCCAUCUGGAUGGAAUGUGGAAACUGGUGCAACGGAUGAAGGUGAUAUCAAGCCAGAUAUGUUAAUUUCAUUGACAGCGCCAAAACUCUGUGCUCGCAGCUUUGCUGGAAGAUAUCAUUAUCUAGGUGGCAGAUUUGUGCCUAAGAAGCUUGAAACUACGUAUGAACUGAAUCUACCAGAGUAUCCUGGAACAGAGUUGGUUGUACCUCUGUAACUUAUGUGAUCAAAAUGAACGUUUAUGAAAUUUUAUAUUUUUUUAAACAGUAAGACUGUUAUUGAUUACUAUUUAUGUACAUAAGAUGUAUGGAUGUUUAUCAAAAAUAUUAAAAAUAAAUGAAUAGCGUUAGAAUUUUCAUUUA